AUGUUCAGUAUAGCGAGCCACCCUGCCUACGGCCGGGCACACGGCAAGCGGAGACGCUCUGUCUUUCUUCUCGGCGUCGCUCUCACGACCAUCGUACUUGUUAUCAUCGGCUCCAUGUUCAUCAAUAGCCCUAUCAUCAGCGAAGACACGGCGAUGAUUAACAAUGCGUACGCCCGUGCGCAUCUUUCAAUACGCAGAGAGUGGGUCGAUGCAGACACCCGCUUCGCCGAGAAUGCCGACUCCGUUGUAGUGAACACAAAUCAGCUUCUACAACUUUAUCGCCUGCGCGUGUUCGUUGUGGCCACGGAGAAGGAGGUACGUAAUCUGACCAGGCUGCUGAACGCCCUGAGCAACUCCAAUUAUUCGACGCGUAUGUUUCCCAUCGAUAUCGCGGUGCACGUGCUGGGCAACGCAUCCGCCGUGCCGUUCGUGCCGUGGUCGCAUGGCCGCCUAGAUGUCUACACGCACCGCCUGCACAGCAAUGCCAGUGCAUCUGCGGCGCUGUGGAUGGCUGAUUUGUGGCAACCGCAGUCGGAUUUUGAGCUUGGCAUGCUGCUCACCGCCUCGGCGCGCGUGUCGCCGCACUGGUUUCAGUGGGUCAUCAGCGCGUUGCAACAGUACGGAUCGGUCUCGGCGAAGACUAUUGUGAAGCUUGAUCCUGACACAUACUCCCCGACAGAACGGCGCCGGCUGCUCAGCCCACUAUCGAAGAGGCUAAGCGGUUUGGCGUUGGGCAUGCCUGUCGCCGGGGCAGCGGCCAAGGCAGUCGUUACCGUCGUCUCCGCCUACCCAAGCGCCACGUCCAUCUUCACCGCGUCUUAUUGGAAGUCUGUCAUGGCGCGCCCAAGGCCUGGCACCAACGUCGACGACACGCCCGCCAGCUGGCCUGCCUUCCUCCGCACCGUCACUACGGUGCUUGGUCACAGCAAACACCGGUUCCUGUACCCUCCUCUUGGCAAGUACGGACCGCUCGUUUGCGAGAAUACAAACUGCACCAUACACCUGCUGAGUGUGGCGCAGCUGGCGGAACUGGUGAAACUCCCGAUGUCGGACGAUCAAGUACCACUGUCGCAAGAGUAG